AUGUUGUUUUUGAUUGUUCAAUGCUCUAAUUACAUUUGUUAAACUUCCUGUUGCAAUUAUUAGAAUCAAUGUUCCUUGAAUGAUUGUACUCAUUUUGACUAUGUUAAUAUCAAAUUUAAAUUUAGAAAGACACGAUUAAUUACUUUACAUUAUCAAUUCAAUUAGCUUUUUUAAUAAUAUCAAUAGCUAUCCUUUUUUUAUCAAAUACUCCAAGUUAUUAAGUUGUCCAACGUAGAUAACCAUAAUGA